AUGCUGACCGCAACCCCAGAUACCAAGGUCACUUUGCAAGGCUAUCAUGUUGUCGACAUUCCAAAGAUGUCGGUUGAAAGACAAAUCCUCGGGCAGCGCUACAACCUUGCGAACCAGCUGUUGUACCACCCGGUCCUGUCCAUCGUCAAGAUGUCCGUGAUCCUGUUCAUGCUUCGAAUCGACGACAAGCGCCGGCGAGUCGAUUGGUCUUUGAAGGGUCUGAUGAUAUUCAACGUCCUUCUCAUGGUCAGCACCUUCCUGGCCGAUCUGUUCCAAUGCACGCCGUGGCACUACACUUUCGACUAUCCAGCCAUGGACUUGGCAGCCCAGAAGGCCGCCGGCGCCGAUGAAGAAGGAAUGUUGAAUGGCAAGGAGAUCACGGGUGGGUACUGCAUUGAUCAAGUUGGCUUCUUCCUUGCUGCCGCGGGACUGGCUGUCUUGACGGACGUCCUGGUGUUGAUCAUUCCCAUGAUCAUGGUCAAGGACCUGCAGAUGCGGAAAAAAAGGAAGGUCGUGGUGUGGGCAAUCCUGUCGAUCGGGUGGAUCGUCACGGCUGUCAGUAUUGCCCGUUUGGGCAUCUACGCUCACCGAUUCAGUCCGAACAACAAGGACCGCAGCUAUGGAAUCGGAUACACCAUCUCCGGAGUCGAAAUCAACCUGGCCAUCAUCGCAGCUUGCGCACCGGCCAUGAACGGACUGACGAGACGGGUGGUGCCAAAUUUCCUUUCCUCCGGAAGGUCCAAAUCGUUCAGCAGGAAUAAAAGCGGUUCCUCCUGCAAGUUGAACAGUCGCUCCAUUCCCCUGAACUCGAGAGAGCUACAGCAACGGGGGGGAGUCGACCAUAAAAACAGCUUCACAGACAAGGAGAGGGAAUACCGGAUACACAACAUGUCAUUGGGUGUUCCUGAUGGCUGGGACAGCGAGGAGAGGAUGGUAAGGCCUCUGGAAAGUACCAAAUCGAGCCAGGAUGGAGACAUCGACAUACCGCUCACUCCGGUUCAUCCACCGGAAGACGGUAUCAUCCGGACCGUCAACUAUACAGUACGGGUCCAAAACUCCACGGAGCUCAGGGGCUGA